UCCAAUGGUGCAAUUGAUGUUCAGUUCACAGCUGAUAAAAUCUAAGGCAGAAAAAUUCAGGGAGCACAUUUUACAAGCUUUCCAGUCAGUUCUUCGGACCCCUGUGACAAUUGAAAUCAGAUGUGAAUCAAGUAAAAAUGUCAGGGGAGGACCAAUUAUGUUACCUGCAUCUCAGGAAAUUUCAUCUUGUCUACUUGCCAGAAAUGGGAUGCCUAGGUCAGGUCACAAUGAUUUCAGAAGUCUCCAGCAAAGUAGAGAUGGUUUGUCUCAGGCCCAGUUUAAUACGAAUGAAAUGGGUGCGACUGAAAUUGUCGAAGUAGAAGCUUCUCCUAGAGAACCUAAAGGAAGUGAACCCAAAAAUGAAAAGGCACGCUAUGACCAGAGAAAAACGGGGAUAUCUAUUGCAGAUCGAAGAAAGUUAGGUGAGAGGAAUCAGAGUCUAAGCUUAGUUAGAGGCAAGGUAUCCCUUGCUCAUGUAAUUCGGCAGGCAGAACGAUGUUCACUACAAAGUGGACGGUCAAAGCGCAAAGCUGUUUCUAUAGCUGAAAAACUCGAGCAAGAAAAUCUGAAAUUGGAACCAACAUCAAGAGGCUUGCUUUGUUGGAAUGUUCCUGGAGUAACCCGUCGAAAGCUUUCGCGCUUGAAAAUCAGAACGAGGAAGCCUAAAACUUUGCUGAAAUUUGUCUCAUGUGGAAGGUGUCUCUCAAGUAGGUCUCCAAGGUAAAACAAAAAACCAUACUAGAUAUAUUCGAAAGGUUUCAAUGCAGAUUUCAGUUCUAUGACUUAGAUUUACUUAUGUUUAGGUCUUUCAUUUAUCAUUAUUCAAUGAGAAUAAAGUAGAAGUAAAUCCAAUAAAACUUUAUAGGUUUUCUUGAUGAACAUUUAGUUGUCCUUUUGAGUUUUUUCACCGUCAAGAUUGAAAAUUAAGCCGACUAUUGAUUAAGGGCCCUUAAAUUGCUGAAAGCAUGAAAUUAUAUCAAUGCAAAUGUGUUUCAUUCUUGCUUGUAACAUAGUAUUGGCUUGUUUGGCAAGGUGGUCUUACAAGAUUGGAUGAUAUUAAGGAAGAAA